GCGCGGUCGUCUGCAGACACGCACAUGAUCAGGGCCAAAGCGGUCAGCGAGAAGGAGGUGGACUCUGGGAACGACAUCUACGGCAACCCCAUCAAGAGGAUCCAGUAUGAGAUCAAGCAGAUCAAGAUGUUCAAAGGCCCCGACAAGGACAUCGAGUUCAUCUACACAGCGCCGUCCUCGGCCGUGUGCGGCGUGUCCCUGGACGUGGGAGGCAAGAAGGAGUAUCUCAUUGCAGGGAAGGCCGAGGGCGACGGCAGGAUGCACAUCACGCUCUGUGACUUCAUCGUGCCCUGGGACUCCCUGAGCAGCACGCAGAAGAAGAGCCUGAACCACAGGUACCAGAUGGGCUGCGAGUGCAAGAUCUCGCGCUGCCCCAUGAUCCCGUGCUACAUCUCCUCUCCGGACGAGUGCCUCUGGAUGGACUGGGUCACGGAGAAGAACAUCAACGGGCACCAGGCCAAGUUCUUCGCCUGCAUCAAGAGGAGCGACGGCUCCUGCGCGUGGUACCGCGGCGCGGCGCCCCCCAAGCAGGAGUUUCUGGACAUCGAGGACCCGUAAGCCGCCGCCGGCAGCCCUGUGGCCGAAGGAGAAGCCUGCGAGGGUUUAGCCUGGUCCGGCUCUGGUAUCCCUUUCUGGAAACAGCAUGAAUAAAACUGUCAUCCAAGUGGGUUCAAAUCCGUGUGCUUCUGCCCCCGCCCCCGUCCCUCUCCAGCGUGGCUGUGGGUCUGGGGGCAGAGGCGGGCUCCCUCUGCCAGCCCAGGUCGCGGGCAGGGGCGGGACACACGGACUUCCCGCCCAGGCCCCACCUGGCACCAUCACCAACGCCAAGCAGGCGGCGCUGAGGGGGUCUCCCUGGCCUGGCGUGGGCAGAGCCUGGAAACACGCGCGUUGUGGCAACUUCUGAGGGUCGUUGCGAGACUGGUAGCAGGCCUACCGGGUCCCUCUCGUCUCAGGAGGGGCGUGUCCCUUGUCUUCUGCAGCGACCACCCCUCUGACCAGGGUGGCACUCCCUGCCCCCAGCAAGCCCCCCACCCUGCCCCUGGUAGCCCCAGUGUCUGCCUCGGACCCCCUGCGCCUGUGACUGCCGCACGUCCAGGGGCGGCCCUGGAGCCCCGGUUGAGCCCAUGAAUUCGCAGAGUCCUGGGAGCCUCCCUCUGGGGCUGUGUACAGACGUGGGAGCAGGAGCCCUCUCUGAGCCACUUCCAGCUUCAGCCAAAUCAUUGGGCCCCUCCCCUCCCCCACCCCGCCUGCACUCCCCAGCCCCUGUGCCGGGGCGGCCGUCUGGGGGCAGGUGUCCUGGGCGCUUCCCCUUCCCAUUCCAGCCAGGCGGCCUGGUUGAGCCGCAGGGCUUUGCUUUCCCUGGGGUUGUGUGUGGCUGGCGCCAGCGACCGACUCUGCUCCGGGUUUGCCGGUCCCGAGGACGUAAGAAGCCGGUUUCGCUGGGUGCCGCAGGGCGCGUAAAACAGGCGUCUGCAGGUGGACGAGGUCCCGCCUGGGGAGGGAAGCCCUCGGGACACCCUGCCCCUUCCUUCCACGCCCCCAGGACGCCGUGGCCUGGUGGAGAAGACAUCUUAUUUUUGUAAAGACGAAGUUUCAGAUCAUGCGUGAACCCCUUACAAGAGCGCCGCCCAUGCUUCUGUUUCUUGUAGCACAAGGAUGACCCAGUCUCAGAACCUCACGGGAGCUCACUUGUUCCCUGCAAACUGGUCUUCCGGUUCCCAGGAUGGGGGGAGGCAGGCAGGCUUGCUCGGUGAGACAAAGGUCAUCUCUUUCUGCCCUCCCGCCUGUGUGGUAGAGAGAAACCGUCCCAAGGACACGCGUGCACAUAAAGCAGCGUGCACACGUGUACACGCACACCGUGAGCCCGGAGCCGGGCAGCCCACGCGUGCGCCUCCCGCACAGCGGCUCCCUGGGCGUCGUCUCCCAAGCCUGUCAUGUUCUGCAGUGACCCCAGAGCCACGGCGUGAGACUCCUGGCCCCCGAGGGGCACGCAGCCCCCGCGCCCACCCGGGACCUGGUCAGCACAGACCGUGAGACCACCCAGGCACCAGCCCCCCACCCCCAGAGGCAGUGUUCAUGCUGUACAGUUCUGUAAAGCCGGUGAGAUGUCCAGUGGACCAGCCCCUGAUUCCCGUGUAGGCACCACCGCCGGGCCCUCCCGUCAGUAUCACCCCCGCCCCGUUUGCUUCCUGUACUGGUGAUAUCAUAUGUACCAUUGGCUCCUGCUUCUGCCGAGUUCUGCCGAGUUCUGGUUUGUCCCUGACAUCGCUGUAACCCCUCCCGUGCUGUGUUUCCGUUGCCCUUGGUAGGUGUGAGACUUGCACUUUGAAAAGAGGUUUCUGUCUGGAGGAAGCACUUGACCCGGAGUGGAGGGCGUGGCGUGGAGCCGGCCUACGGCGGUGGGUCCUUCAUGCCUUGGCUUUGUUCUGUGAGCACCCCUGCCUGCUCCAUCCCCCACCCCCUUAUUCCCCCUUUGGUUCCAUUAUUUCAAAGUAAAGGCUCUUUGGGUAAGUUGGCUUUCAAAGAUGGCCUCGCUAUCCGAUCUUGUAUCCACGCUGAGCAGACAAAACACAGAAGGCGACGUGCCCGUGGCAGCCCCGAGUUCGCGCGGAUCCGGUCGCGGUGGAUGGCUGCCCUGUUGUGUAUCUCCAUUUGGCAUUGUUUAAUUUAUGUUAUAGUCUGAGCACUACUCUGUCCUCCCUCUGUUCUUUUCAUCAUGCGAACAACUCGAAAAUAUUGAAAACGAAGUUUACAUUGUAGUACGUUCAGAUCUCCGCUUGAUAAGUAUUAAGAGCUAUCGGACUUGCUGCCGUAAUUUAAAGCUUUGUUGAUUUUGUUUGUGUUGGGGUUUUCUUUGUCGGGGAGCAAUGUGCUGAUGCUGGAACACGAAGUCUGUGCCGGGAACGCGUGUGAGAGUCGUUGAGGGUCCACAAGCAACUGCGCAUGUCUCUGACGCUUUGUAUCAUUCUUGAGUGAUCGCUCGGUCAAUGGACAAUAAACAGUGUUAUCAAAGAGA